ACAGGACACCCACCCCAACCUCAACGGGCGGCCAUGCACAGCUAGGGGCUUCGCCUCUCGAAAUACUAACCUACUAACGGCAGCAACAGUGAUCCUCGAGUCCUUGCUCAAUAAGGGCCAACCAAUCUUGGAAUCGAGUGUGGGUUUUCCCUAAGACUAGCCAAAACAUCGUUCCGAGGAGUCUCUCUCCACCAGAAGAAGCACUCGCAAUGAACAUCGCGCGGUCGCCGGCUACGCCGGUGACUCCAGCAGCUCAGAAGGUGCAGCAAGAAACCCCGACAGGAUCGUGGCGCCACCCCAAGCUUGACGAGAUCGUACGUCGACAAAAUGCAACCGCUUUCAGUGAAAGCAACGUAAACAGGAUUGUUGCGAAUGCCGCCGUUCUGUUCUUCACCUACGUUGCAUUCAAUGCCAGACUCCCAUUCGCCAUUCUGCGCAUGUUGCAGACCAGCAUGAUCAACUUCACAAACAGCAUACCCUAUUCGAGCUACAUGCUAGGAGCUAUCCGUCUCGUAUUUGUGCUCAACAUCGUCCAUGCGCUUUGGCCUCUCGUCCUUCGCUACUAUCCCGACGACGUCGCCGACAUUCCUCUCACACCAUCACAGCGACAAGCGAUGGGCCUGGACCCCAACGUUUCGACCCCGCAAACCCCAGGAUCCGAAUACGCAUCGCCGAACUACAUUACUCCUCCUCGCUACCAGAGAUCUACGCCUCGCAGUCUGGGCACUUCUGGAGAACGCUACUCCCCUCUCUCAGGCAGUCCGCGCGGCAGUUUCGGUCUGUCUACCUCGCACUCUCCCUUCUCGCCGAACAAUGGAAGCCCACUCUUUCAAAAGGUUCUUGGUGGAAGUCCAAGCAAAAGGAUAGGAUUUGACAGGAGCAGCCCACUCAGCGGCAGUCUGUUCAUGGAAAGCAGCUCUAGCAGCACGCCUAGUACACCUACCCCAGGCGCUGGUAAGGCCAGUGUUGGGCUCAACAACAAGUGGUUGUAUGAAAAGGGGCGGGAUGGCCGGGGAUCUUCGCUAUAUUCCUGAAUAGUUGCCCGAAGAGCGUAUUUUGAGCAGCUGGUGACAGACUUGCAUGGCGCUUUAUACCCUGAUAUUCUUCGCUUGGCGCAUUGCAUGGAUUCCGGAAUCAUAUGGUGUGUUCAAUACCAUACAUACUCCAUACUCUUGGCCUAUAUUUUGUGUGUUUCUACCGGUUCUCAAGCGGGGAUAUAAUACAUUCGACUUCCCUAAAUGCGCGCCAAU